AUGAGGGAAUAUGUAAUUGAAAUGGAAUUUUGUGGAGGUGGGACACUCUCCCAACUGAUAGACAACCCUUAUAGUCAAGGUCUUCCCGAAUCUUGCAUCGCUUAUGUAUGUCGGGAAGUGUUAAAGGGUCUGUCACACCUCAACAAAAAGCACAUAAUGCACAGAGACAUCAAGCCCCUCAAUAUUGCGCUAACCGAAGACGCCGGUAUACGUUUAAUUGAUUUUGGGCUUGCGCGAAAAGUGAAAAGAUUUCGGGCUUGUAAAGAACUGCAGGGAACGCCACACUACAUAGCGCCUGAAGUGUGGACAUGCAGCUCACAUAAUUUCAAGUGCGACAUAUGGGCUUUGGGAAUUACUGCCAUUGAGAUGGCCCAAGCAAGAUGUCCACUACUCCAUUUACAACGAGAAGCAGUUGGAGAACAAGUUGUUUUUGGAGAUCCUCCAAAUCUGAGUCGACCAUACAGAUGGUCUAAAGCUUUUAAUUCAUUUAUUGAGGUCUGUCUAACCAAGGAUCCCAAAGACAGACCAACGGCUAAAUUUCUGCUCCAAAACCAUCCCUUCAUAACAGAUAUACAGGAUGAAAUGCAAGCCAUAGCAGAAAUAAAGGACUUAGUCAGAAGACUGAAUGCAGCUAGAGAUUGGCAAGAAGAUAAAACUGUAAUACAAUCUGUAAAGAAAAUAUCUGAGACAAAAGAAGAAAUGCCCAGUGAUGAUAUUGUGUCACUGGAUACAAAAAUGGAAAAAACAGCAGAAAAUGCUGAAGAAGCUGCUGCAGAAGUUCAGGUGGAUGAACCAGCCAGUGAAGAAGUCGUGGAGGCAUUUUCACCACAAGAUGUCGGCUCAACCGACAUUGAGAAGAAACAGGACACCAUAUGUCAUACUGACAUAGGUGAAUCUGAGAAGGUAGUUGAAGCCACAACUACACUUAAGGAGGAUGAACCAGCCAGCGAAGAAUUUGUGGAGGCAUUUUCACCACAAGAUGUCGGCUCAACCGACAUCGAGAAAAUACAGGACACCAUAUGUCAUACUGACAUAGGUGAAACUGAAAAGGAAGUUGAAGCCUCAGCUAUAAUUAAGGAGGACCCACUUCAGUCUAGUGAGGGAGCCCCAGAACCGUCAGUAAAUCAACAAGAGGAAGUCGGCGCAACGGAAAUUGAGAAGAAAGAGGACACCAUUUGCCAUAUUGAUAUAGGUGCAACUGAGAAGGCUCAACAUGUUGAAACCUCAACUGCACCUAAGGAGGACACACUUCAUUCUAGUGAAGAAGCCCCAGAACUGUCUGUUGUUCAGGAGUUGUCUCCACAAGAGGAAGUCGGCUCAACCGACACGGAGAAGAAACAGACCACCAUGGAUGAUAUGGGUGAUUCUGUGGAGGCUCCACAUGCCCCACUUCAGUCCAGCGAAGAAGCCCCAGUAUUAGAAGAAAAUACUGGAGAAAAAGCUAGUGGCUUUAUUGGCUUAGUUAUUUUAUUCUUAUUAUUGUUACUUAUACUUUUCUUUUAUACAAGGAGGUGAGGCUUCUAUAGAAGCACAAAUCUUUAGCUUUACAUAGCUUUAAUAAUUUUUUAAAUGUUUUUAUAUGGACUUUGCACAAUUAACAAAAGAGGAGGAAGUAGGCACAUCUUAUUUGCUACAAAAUUAAGAAGAUAUAAGACUGCAGCUUCAUUUCUUUGUAAAAUGUUUUU